AUGCCUCCAAUCUCGCCCUCCCUCGCGAGCCUCAGAGCGUUGCCGUCCCCAUGGACACGGUACGCCUGCGCGCAAUGCUGCCGAAGCUUUGCCUCGUCACCGGCCGUUGCCAGCGGCCACAAUCGCUGGUCCAAGAUCCGGCAUGAAAAGGGCGCCGCCGAUAUCAAGAAAACACAGCUGCGCAGCAACUUUACCAAGACGAUUACGCUGUAUUCGCAGAUGUACGGCCCCGACGUCAACAUGAACCCGCAGCUGGCGUCGGUUGUCAGCAGCGCCAAAAAGUCGGGCGUGCCCAAGACCGUCAUCGAGGCGGCGAUAGCCCGCGGCCAGGGCAAGUCGGCCGACGGCGGGCGUCUUGAGAGCGCCACGUACGAGAUCAUGAUGCCGCCGUCCGUGGCGCUGAUUGUCGAUCUCGAAACCGAGAGCAAGGCGCGCGCGCUGCAGGAGCUCAACUCGGUCAUCCGACGGAAAGGCGGCACCAUGGCGCCGACCAAGUUCUUUUUCACACGGCAAGGACGGGUGGUCUUGGGUCCGGCGGCAUCUGCGACUGCAUCUGCAUCGGAAAGGGAAUCGACUGGCGACGAUGUCGCGCCGGUAACCGUGGACGACAUCCUGGAGGACGCCAUCGAGGCCGGCGCCGAAGACGUCGAGACCAACGAAGACGGCAACAUUGUCGUGUGGACGGCGCCUCUGCACACAGGGCCGGUUGUCACUGCCGUCGAGGAGGGCCGCUUCAAGGUGAAGAACCUGGCCGUCCUGAGCGCCGACACCGUGUGGUCUGUAAACGAAGAAACGCAGGCACCGCUGGGAGACGGCACCGGAAACAGCGCCGUCGAGAACCGCAAACUGCUCGAGCUCGUCGCGGCUUUCCGCGCAUACCCGGACGUUAAGGGCAUAUUUUCCAAUGUGACCCAGGGCCAGGCGCCGGAUGACGUGUGGCAGCAACUGGUGCAAGACCUAGACUGGUAG